CCGAUUUCGCGGCACUUUCUCGGCGAUCUGGAAGAGGAGCGAAGGGCACCUCACGCAGGAUAGGUGGCCUAUGCGACAUCAGUAGAAGAUGGAGCAUGCAUCCUGCGUGCGCUGGCCAUACAUGGAGCCCGUUACACAGUCGUUGCAUCUGUUUCACCGUUCAAUGCACGUCGACUUAAAAUAGCGAGCAGCUCGGUCGAGGAAUCGCGAGGAGCGAAAAGCGCGGACGGACGAGGACGACGACGGCGGCGCCACCAUCCGACGACACACACACGUGACCCAUGCGAAAGUACCGCUUGGUGUCGAAGAAGGGCGAAGGCACGUUCUCGGAAGUGCUGAAGGCCCAAAAUGUCAAAGACAACAAGUUUCACGCGAUCAAGUGCAUGAAAAACCACUUUGAAAGCAUCGACCAGGUCAACAACCUGCGCGAGAUCCAAGCGCUGCGGCGGCUGUCGCCGCAUCCACACAUUAUCAAACUCGAGGAGGUGCUGUACGACCAACCGUCGGGGCGGCUCGCCCUCGUGUUUGAGCUCAUGGACGCCAACUUGUACGAGAUGAUCCGGGGCCGACGGACGUACUUGAACCCGGAGCUCAUUCGGUCGCUCAUGUACCAGCUCGUCAAGUCGCUCGACCACAUGCACAACAAAGGGAUCUUUCACCGCGACAUCAAACCUGAAAACAUCCUGGUCGAGAACCAAGAGUUUCUCAAGCUUGCCGACUUUGGCAGUUGUCGUGGCAUUUACUCCAAGCAACCGUACACCGAGUACAUCUCGACGCGGUGGUACCGCGCGCCCGAGUGCCUGCUCACCGACGGGUACUACGGCCCAGAGAUGGACCUGUGGGGCGUCGGGUGCGUCUUUUUUGAAAUUACGAGCUUGUACCCGCUUUUCCCCGGGUCGAACGAACUGGACCAGAUCAAUCGCAUCCACAAGAUUCUCGGCACGCCGUCCCCCGAUGUCCUCGACAUUUUUCGCCGAAAAGGCGCCGCCCACAUCGAUUUCAACUUUUCGCCAGAGGACGGCACGAGCAUCGCCAAGCUCAUUCCGCAUGCCCCGCCUGAAGCUGUCGACUUGAUGUGCAAGAUGCUAGUGUACGAUCCCAGCAAACGCACGAACGCGCGCGAGGCGCUGCGACACGAGUACUUCAAGGACGUGCGGGAGCGAGAUGACGCGAAUAACGACGUGGCAAGCGGAGAGAACAGCAAAUCGACGGUGGCCAACGCUCCUCCUGGCGGUCCGUCCAAUGUAGUAAAACACCGUCACAAAAAGGAUGACGACAUGAAGCGGAAUGUGCCGCUGCCCGUGAUCAACAAAGGCAACGACGGCGACCCGUCCGAGUGCCAACAACCGGGGGACAACGCAGCGUACGAGAUCAAUGAGCUGCCGCCGAUCAACGCAGCGAACCCCCUCUUGAAACCCAACAAGCCGCAGGACGCCAAGGCCACGAAAAAGGUCAACCCGUACCGGACAACAAACAAUCCACCGGCGCAGACGCUGCCGCCGCACAACCCAGACGUGUUGCUAGCAAAGGGGCGGAAACAAGCUGCGGACAAGGGGUACAAACUGUCUACGAUAGCGAAAGCAGCAGCGCCAAUGCCGCCGCAGCCAUCGACCAAAAACCCAGGGGGAGGUGCCAAACCUAGUAAGUCGAUAGGAACGAAACCUCGUCGAAAAUAGUUGCUAGCCCCCCAUGAUAGCGAGACCUGUAAUCCACGACAAUGCACCCUUCGAAUCCCGUCAGGCACGGCAGAGCG